UGUCUACCUUAAGAAAUAAGCUUUUUUAAUAUUCCGCGUAACUUUGAUGCUUCGGGAAUGUUCAAUCCUCUUUUUUUUGGCACUUUUAAGGAGACAUAUUCUGUCUACCCGGUUGCAAUGAUGAUAAAGCAAAGUUCUUCUAAAAUUGAGGAGAUGGAGCGCAAAGGAUACAUUGUUAUGCCACCUUCAGCCCUUUCCAAACUUGCUCACCUUGAGGUAGAACUUCCGAUGGUUUUUAAAAUAAAGAAUGUUGAGAAAAACAGGUGCACACAUUCCGGCGUUAUAGAAUUUAUAGCGGAAGAGGGGAAGAUUUUCAUGCCUUACUGGAUGAUGGAAAACCUUCUUUUAGACGUCGGAGAAAUUGCAACCGUUUCUAAUGUGGCAUUGCCUCCGGGGACUUAUGCUAAGUUUGAGCCUCAAAGCUUAGAUUUCUUAGAGAUUGCUAAUCCCAAGGCAGUUUUGGAGAAAAGCCUCAGGUCCUUUUCUUGUUUGUCUCAAGGGGAUCUCAUCGCUUUGCACUAUAAUAAUAGGGUUUACAAUGUGAAGAUCUUAGAGACCAAACCCAAGGACGCUGUUAAGAUUAUAGAGUGCGAUCUUCAGGUAGAAUUUUCAGAGCCUCAUGGUUUUCAGAGAGAAACUGAGACACCCAAAUUGGUUGAUCCGCCUCAAAUAGUUAGCGAGCCCAGCGAAGGAAACGUGUUUAAGGGUACUGGCCGUCGCCUCGACGGAAAGACUAAAGUGAAAAAGGCAAAUCUUUGCCUGACGAAAACCAUCUUGCCCUCUUCAGCUUCAAAACCAAAAACUAACAUUUUAAAGUAUAAGAAAGGUCGUUUAAUCUUUUAUCCUUAUGAAGAAAUUAUUGCUGUUAAUUUACUUAAAGAAACUACAGAAACCGAAAAUUCUAUAUUUGAAGGCAUCGGCAGAAAAUUGAUUUGAAUUUGUCGUGCCAAUACCUUUUAUUAAAAGAGG